GCGGCCGACUCGGUGCCCGGACUCAGCAUGGAGGGGGCCGGGGCGGCGGGGCAGCUGCGGCAGGAGGGGAACCGGCUCUUCCAGGCCGGGGACUACGCGGCGGCGCUGGCCUCCUACACGCGCGCCCUGGAGCUGUGCGCGGGGCCCCCGGAGCGCGCCGUGCUGCACCGCAACCGGGCCGCCUGCCACCUGAAGCUGGAAGAUUACGCCAAUGCAGAAGCUGAUGCGUCUAAAGCCAUCGAAGCCGAUGGCCACGACGUGAAGGCGCUGUUCCGCCGCAGCCAGGCGCUGCAGAAGCUGGGCCGCCUGGACCAGGCAGUCUACGACCUGCGCAGAUGUGUGAGCCUGGAGCCCAGGAACAAGGCUUUCCAGGAGGCAUUGCACGAUCUGGGGAGCAGCAUGCAGGAGAAGAUGAAGCUCAUGUCCUGCACAGACUCCAAAGUAGAGCAGAUGUUUCAGAUCUUACUGGACCCCAAAGAGACAGACACAGAUAAAAAACAGAAGGCAGCGCAGAACCUGAUUGUGCUGGCCCGGGAAGAGGCUGGGGCGGAGAAGAUCUUCCAGAGCGACGGCGUGCGGCUGCUGCUGCGCAUGCUGGACACGGGCAGAGAGGACGCGAUGCUGGCGGCUCUGCGCACCCUGGCUGGCCUGUGCUCUGGGCACCGUUCGCGGACCAUGGCCAUCCUCGCGGAGCUGGGGGCACCACGCGUCUCGGCCAUGCUGGGAGUGGAGCACGAGCAGGUGUCUCUGGCGGCCUGUAACCUGCUGCAGGUCAUGUUCGAUGCGCUGAAGGAGGGGCUGCAGAGGGACUUCCGUGGCAAGGAGGAAGCCCUUGUACUGGAUCCCUCGAAGGAGCUGAAGCUGCUGAUCGGGCACCUCUUGGAAAUGCUGAACCGGGAGGGGACCUCGGCCCACGGCCGCGACAACACCCUCAACCUCCUCAUCAAAGUGGUGCCGCGGAAAUCACUGCGGGACCCCAACAACAGCCUGACCCUCUGGGUCAUCGACCAGGGCCUGAAGAAGAUCCUGGAGGUGGGGGGCACGGUGUGUGAGGCCCCCGGCAGCCUGCCUGCGACGGAGAACAGCCGGAUGAGCGCUGCCGUCCUGCUCAGCAAGCUGUACAGUGACCUGAAGUGCGACGCCGAGAGAGAGAACUUCCACCGGCUGUGUGAAGACUAUGUCAGGAGCUGGUUUGAGGGGCAUGGGUUGGCUGGGAAGCUCCGUGCCAUCCAGACGGUGUCGUGCCUGCUGCAGGGUCCCUCAGAGGCUGGGAACCAGGUGCUGGAGCUGGAGGGGAUCAUGGAGAGCGUGCUGGCUCUGUGUGCCUCCGUGCGGGAGGUUGACCAGCUGGUGGCCGUGGAGGCUCUGAUCCAUGCCGCUGACAAGGCCAAGCGGGCGUCUUUCAUCACGGCCAACGGAGUGACCCUGCUCAAGAACAUCUAUAAGUGCAGCGGGAAGGACAGCAUCCGCAUCCGGGCCUUGGUGGGGCUCUGCAAGCUGGGCUCUGCUGGAGGCACCGAUUUCAGCAUGAAGCAGUUCGCUGAGGGCUCCACCCUGAAACUGGCCAAGCAGUGCCGCAAGUGGCUGUGUAACGAGGCGAUGGACGCAGGCACACGGCGCUGGGCGGUGGAGGGCCUGGCCUACCUCACCUUCGAUGCGGACGUCAAGGAGGAGUUUGUGGAGGACAAGGCAGCUGUGCAGGCCAUGUUCCAGCUGGCCCAGUCAGAGGACAGGAGCGUGCUGUUCGCAGUGGCCUCGACGCUGGUGAACUGCACCAACAGCUACGACCACAAGGAGCCAGACCCCCAGAUGCUGGAGCUGGCCAAGUACGCCAAGCAGCACGUCCCAGAGCAGCACCCCAAGGAUGAGCCAGGCUGUGUGAGGCGGCGGGUGCGCAAGCUGCUGGCUGCUGGCGUGGUGUCAGCUCUCACCUGCAUGGUGAAGAGUGAAAACCCGGCGCUGACCAACUCCUGCCGGGAGCUGAUCUCCAGGGUGUUCCUGGCCGUGGUGGAGGAAGCAGCGGACAGAGGCAGCGUGGUGGCCCAGGGAGGGGGAAAGGCGCUCAUCCCGCUGUCCCUGGAGGGGACCACGGUGGGGCAGGCCAAAGCAGCACAGGCACUGGCGAAGAUCACCAUCACCUCCAACCCCGAGAUGGCGUUCCCCGGAGAGCGGAUCUACGAGGUGGUCAGACCCCUGGUGAGUCUCCUGCACCUGCAUCACACCGCCCUGGAGAACUUUGAGGGGCUGAUGGCGCUAACCAAUCUGGCCGGGAUCAGCGAGAGGCUGAGGCAGAAGAUCCUGAAGGAGAAAGCGGUGCCCAUGAUUGAGGGCUACAUGUUUGAGGAGCAUGAGCUGCUCCGCCUGGCGGCCACCGAGUGUAUGUGCAACAUGGCCAUGAGCAUAGAGGUGCAGGAGCUCUUCCUGGCCGAGGGCAGCGACCGGCUGAAGCUGCUGGUCCUGUACAGUGGGGAGGACGACGAGAAGCUGCGGCGAGCAGCCUCCGGCACCUUGGCCAUGCUGACCUCACUGCUGCCCCAGAUCUGCGGGAAGAUCACCCAAGUGACGGCUCACUGGCUGGAGAUCCUGCAGGCCUUGCUGCUCAGCCCCAGUGUGGAGCUGCAGCACCGCGGCGCUGUGAUCGUGCUGAACAUGAUGGCUGCAGACCGGGAGAUUGCGGCCAAGCUCAUGGAGAGUGAGAUGCUGGAGAUCCUGUCCGUGCUCGCCAAGGAGGAGCGCGACAAGCCCCGUGUGGCCCAGGCUGCCAAGGAGGGCCUGGCGCAGGCCGUGGCAUGUGGGCUGAUCAAACCCACCGUGAACGGAGAGUGACUGGCCACCUGGCAGGGUCCUUCCUGUGUGCGCACACGGCUCUGGGCUUGUAACGCCCCCAGCUGCGGCUAGGGAAAGAUGCUGCCUUCGGAGGCUGGAGCCCAGGGGAUGCUGAGGGCCAUGGCGGGGGAGGGAAGGGAGUGUGGGCUGAGCUUGCCUCUUGCAUCUUGUCUUAACCUACGAGUGUAUGCGAGGCUCUCAGGUACAUUUCUUCUCUGCACCCGCAUGCUGCAGGGUCCCCUUGACGCACUCCUGUCUAGCCUGGAGCCGGCAGCCUCCCCUCACAGCCCUGCUGGGAGCUCUCUGCAGCCAUCCAUGUCCUGCUGCACCCUGUGCUUGUCUCUGCCUGCCUGAGCAACACGCUCCCCAGUGCAGAUGGAUGCUGGGUUGGGGGACAGAUGGCACCUGCUGCCCCCCAGGAGGGGCCUUUGCACCUGCGCCUCUUCUUGUGCCUAACACCCAUCUGUCUCCUCCACGUGCUCUGCCCUUCACAGCUCUGCGCCGGGCUGGCAGGGAGGGGCAGGCUUCGGUCACAGCGGCUCUGGGCUGAGGGGCUGGCUGCUGUUUAGCGGGUAGGCGGUGCCUGGGCUGGAGGGGCAGCGCUGUGCUGCGGGGGGCUGAAGGCAGCAGCGGGGGGGUGUUGUAGAGGGGGCUGGGGCUGGUCUGAGCGGCUGGAUCAACCCAUUCUCUCCUGGAUGGAGGGUGCGGCUGGCCCCCGGGCUGGGGCUGGGGCUGUGGCUGUGGCCGGCCCCCUCCCUGUGGGUGAGCCCCGCCCGCUGACUGUAUGUACCGGCAGUGAUUUCCCUACACCUCCCCCUGAAUUUUUCCAACCCCCCCCCCAGUUUUGUGAGCU